GAUGUGGUUGUUGCGGCGUCGAUCUCUGAACAUAGCCCAUGGCUAUGGGCAGCUCAUCUGUCACGCUCCGUUUGUUUAGUCUGAUUGAUCUAUCUAUAGGAGUAGUAGUCUUUAUUUAUGUUGCUGGAUGGAUUCAAACAAGCAACGUGAGCGAGUGAUGGAAGCAGCAGCAGCUCCUGAAUCAGUAACACAAGGCGGGGGGCUGGAGGUGGUGGUGUUCCCAUGGCUGGCGUUCGGGCACAUGAUCCCCUUCCUGGAGCUCUCCAAGCGGCUGGCGGCCAGGGGCCACGCCGUGGCUUUCGUCUCCACGCCGCGGAACCUCGCGAGGCUGCAGCCAGCCGACGGCGUCCGGUUCGUGCCGCUGCCUCUGCCGAGCGUCGAGGGGCUGCCGGAGGGCGCCGAGGCCACGUCCGACGUUCCGCCGGACGAGGUCAGCCUCCUCAAGAAGGCCAUGGACGGCCUUGCCGUCCCGCUCGCCGCUUUCCUCGCCGGCUCUGCCGGGAGGAGGCGGACGGAUUGGAUCAUCGUCGACUUCUGCCACCACUGGGUCCCGCCCAUUGCCGACCGGCACAAGGUGCCGUGCGCCUUGUUCAUGAUCUUCCCCGCCGCCACUAUGGCCUUCUGGGGGCCGAGGUGGGCCAACGCCGCGAACCCGCGCACGGAGCCCGAGGACUUCGCCGUGCCACCCAAGUGGAUGCCCUUCCCGUCCACUGCCUUCUUCCUCCGCCAUGAGGCCGAGUGGGUCGCCGGCUCCUUCCGCGCCAACUCGUCAGGCGUGUCGGACGCGGAGCGUCUGUGGGAGAUAAUGGAGCGCUGCCGCCUCACCAUCCACCGGAGCUGCCACGAGCUGGAGCCCGGGAUGUUCGCCCUCCUCUCCGAUCUCAAUCGGAAGCCCGCUGUCCCCGCGGGGAUCCUGCUACCGUGUCAUGAAGAAGAAAACAACCAAAGCAGCAGCAGCAGCUCCCAGGCCCUGCGAUGGCUCCACGACAAGCCUCCCAAGUCCGUCCUCUACGUUGCACUGGGAAGCGAGGCGCCGCUAACGCGAGAGAACAUCCAUGAGCUCGCACUCGGGCUGGAGCUCGCCGGGGUGCGCUUUCUCUGGGCUCUACGCAAGCCGGUGUCGACUGCCGGCCGCAACGACUACGACGGCGAGCUGUUGCCAGCCGGUUUCGAGGAGCGGACUCUCGGGCGCGGCGUUGUGUGCACCGGGUGGGUGCCGCAGGUGAAGGCCCUGGCGCACGCCGCCACGGGCGCGUUCCUCACGCACUGCGGCUGGGGCUCCACCGUGGAGAGCUUCGCCUUUGGGCAUCCACUGGUCAUGCUCCCCUUCAUCAUCGACCAGCCCAUGAUCGCUCGGGCAAUGGCGGAGAGAGGGGUCGGCGUGGCGGUGGCAAGGAACGAGAGCGACGGCGGUUCUUUCACCAGGGACGGCGUAGCCGCCGCGGUGAGGCACGUCAUGGUGGAGGACCAAGGGAAGAUUCUGGCGGCCAAUGCCAAGAAGAUGCAGGAGCUUCUUGUGGACCAGCCGAGGCAGGACCAGUACAUCCACGACCUUGUCGACCACUUAAGACGCUAUAAAGAUGCCUAGCAUAAUUGUCAAGCAUAAUGCCUGUGCGCUAUGCGUGAAAUAAAGGAAUCAACAAGCAAUACACAUAUGCCAUUACCAUCCCUCACAAUACUUCCAGAACUCUUUGGCUUGGUUUGUCGAAGCAACAAGCUCUUCUAGAUUGAGGCCUACAACGGAUGCAGAUUACCUGAACAAGAAAGAAACCAUUCUGAAUAACGGAUGCAGAUUAUUAUUUUUACUGAUCA